GUUACAUCAUAAAGCGAAGUUUAGGAGAAAGCCUUUCCCAUACUCCUUCUAAUAUUGUUCCGACUAUCGCCUUAUUAACAGUGAAUUUGGUGUAUUAUAAAGAUUCCAGUGAAGUGUAAAGUGUGUGGAAAAUAUACAUAAUGUUUUUUCUACUAUUCUGGUACGCAUUUAGUGUAAUUUAUAUAUCGGAAUGCGCAGUAUUAGACCCAGCUUUAUAUCUUCAACCCAGUCCACCCAUAAGGCAAGCAGAUGAAUAUUUGUGGUCUCAACCUACGGAAACAACUGAUAUUAUACCCAUCAACGUAUUAGCACCUAUAGAUAGAGAAGAAAGUAUACCAAAAGGGAGGACAUUUUGGCCGAAGUUACGCACCGACUAUAGAUUGGGUAGCAUUCAUAUUCCCCUAACAUUCAGUGUAAGUGGUACGUAUGGUAACUAUGGGGACAGCGGUAGUGUAGUUGGAACUAGCUAUGCGAGUGUAUCUGGACUUGGGAAUGCUAAAGCAAUUGAAAGUAAACCAACACUAGCUGGUACAGGAUACGACAAUUACAAUUCUAGCCCAACUGUAGUACGGAUAUAUGGAAGUAGUAAUAAACCAGCCUGGAGCGGUUGGGGUAACGGGAAAUGGGGACACUAUGGUAAAGGAUAAGGUGUAAUACUCAACAAAAUAAUUUUAAACACAUGUAUUUCUAUCCAAUGCGAAAAUUGAUUAAAGAGAAUGUGCAAUUCUAUAGACCAUAGUCCUAUUUCAUUAAUUUACUUGUUUAGUGCCAAUUGUCAGAUAAGGUUAUGUAAAAUUGUAAAAUAAUUCUAAUUUUAUUUACUUAUUUGUGAAUAAAUCGUACAAAUAUAUUACAGGAUUUACGACUUUUAGCUCGUGUGCAGUUUGUUUAUUAUGCCGAAAAUAUUUCCUAUUUGGUUUAACAAAUGUUGUUAAAUGUAUUAUUUAGAGUAAGAUUUUAAAUUAAUGGAUUAUAUUGAUAUAUUGUAUUGUAAUUUACACAUAUAACUUUAUUCUAUCCGCAUAAUAAAUUCAUAUGC